AUGGGACUAAGAGUUAACUUACACUUCGCGAGCUCUAGCAUCGCUUUUAAGGGCAUAGUGGAGGCCACGCUGGCGAACCUGGCCUGCUCAACGAACAUUCCUCGAAAAGCGCUCGCAUCCAACAUAACCCUCUCUGUGUACCAGUAUUGGCGCAAGGACUUGCCUCCGGACGCGCUCAACAAACCAAUUUCGUCCUAG